AUGAAAAUACUCACAGAAAAUGUGAAAGAUAAACUAUCUGUAUUGUUACCUAUACUGCCUUACGGGGUACUCGAGUCAUGGGAUGAUUUAAACCCCAGAUUGUAUCAUGCUAUUCAUAUAUACUGGUUGAAAUUUUACGGUCUGUGGUACAACAAUUUCUCGCCGCUGAAUAUUCUUUUCUGGAUUCAAAUAAUAUAUACCAUUAUUAUUUUAUGGCUAGUAUGUUUUCUGCCUAUAGUAGGAGAGAUCGUUUAUUUGCUGAAGCCAAAGGAAAAUAUUGGAGACAUCGCAGAAGGAUUAUAUUUGUUUUUAAGCGAAGUUUACACAUACUUCAAAAUAGUUGUAUUCUGGUUGAAUAAAGAUAAGGUAAUGAAUCUUAUUCAAUAUUUAUACUGUGAAGAGUUUAAGCCUAUCGAGGCGGAACACAAAGAGUUCAUACGAAAGAGUAUUAGAACAGCACGUUGGGUGAUGACAUAUUAUACCAUAAUGUGCGUUGGCGCGGUUUCAGUGGGAAUUAUUAUGCCAAUAACAGAAAAUUUCGACAUUUUACCAACGAAUGUGGAAUAUCCAUAUUUUAAUGUUUACACAUCACCCGCCUACCAAAUAUUGUACGUUCAUCACAUAUACUAUAAACCAGCGACCUGCAUUAUUGAUGGCGUUAUGGAUACAAUUUUGGCAUCUUUUAUUUCAUCUACAAUCGGCCAAAUAGAAAUAUUAGCGUUUAACCUGCGCAAUUUCGACGUAGUGGCAGAAAGGAGACGUAAAAGGGCCAUUAACGAACGUAAAGCCACUGGAGCAUUCUCUAAAGAUUAUCAUAUACAUACCGUUCUUAGGGACUGUAUUAUACACCACAACAGCAUCAUAAGGUAUGUCUCUAUGAUUGAAAAUGCCUUCAGUCUGGCUUCAGUUUUACAAUUCAUGCUAAGUGUCAUGGUACUUUGUUUGGUAGGUGUACAGUUUUUAUCGAUCGAGAAUCCAUCCAGUCACCCAAUGCAAAUCAUGUGGAUGGCGAUUUAUUUGACAUGCAUGCUGUUUGAAGUAUUUAUAUAUUGUUGGUUUGGAGACGAGUUAAUUUGGAAGAGCAUUGAUCUUCGACAUGCAGCAUUUGAAGGUCCCUGGUUAAACGCUAGUCCAGAGACCAGAAAAUAUAUCAUAAUAUUUCUAGAGAGAUGCAAACGCCCACUUACAGUUACAGCGGGAAAAAUAUUUAUAUUAUCCCUUGAUACAUAUACUAUUCUGAUUAACUGGGCCUACAAAGCAUUUGCUGUUAUGAGUAAUAUGAAGAAAUAA